AUGGCAGAGAGCCUAACAAGUUCCCAACCACCCACUUUGGUUAAGUGUAAAGAUGUGGUGCGUGCAUUAUGCGAUUUUGUGCCCUUGAAGAAGCAGCAUCUGCCUUUGAAAGCAGGGGACGUGGUGUAUGUGCUGUCGAGGCAUGAAUCUGGCUGGUGCGAUGGCAUAAUUAUCGAGCAAACUGCGAAGGGCAAUUCUACCGUUACCCAAUGCCAACGAGGCUGGUUUCCUCGCACCUACACACGUUCCAUACGAGAACGCCGUUGUACGCAGUCGUCAAGCGCUGGUGCUGCCGGAGUUGCUCAUAAUUUUGUUUCUCGACCACAUAUGAUGCUACGCAAUCCAUCUACGCCUACAUUGCGGCGGAAUAGCCUUAACAUUAGAGUAUCACAUCUAGGGGGCAAUACUUCCAAUCACGGUGGUACUAAUCUCGCGAGGGCCGUUACCGGCCAAAGUGACACUCAUUUUUCACCACACAUGUUUACAACAACAUCGUCUCCUGGCUCUUCUCAGACACACUUGAAACAGGACUACAAGUUAGACAUGAGGCGUCGCUCAGUAUGCUCUCAGAGAAGAGCAAGCAUGGCAAGCAGUCAUAAUACCAGAUCGCCCUCUAAGUCGCCAUUUACUGAGCUUCUUCCUGUAGAUCCGCUACAGAGGCUGCCCAUAGAUGAAACUCCGAACACUGAACCAAGUCAAACCAAAAAUUCACCUGCGCCGGCGCAGAAGUCGAACUCUUAUCGGGCACAGCUACUAUCUGUUGCGGAGGUCCAAAUGUUUUUCAACAGCUUGGGUAGCAUCAGAUAUGUGCCAGUGUGGUCGCCUGUCGGGACAGAGGAUGGAGAAGUUUUAUUUUACAACAAAGAACACAACAUAUAUUGCAGGACUUUGCCGUUACUUCAGGAGCCAAGGAUGGAUUGCCAAUCGAUAUUUCCUAAGGAUGACCACCUUAUUGAUUUGAGUUUACGAAAGCCACAUGAGAUUAAGAAUGCUACUUCUAAUAUUACUGCAGAAGGUCAAUAUCCUACCGCUCUAAACUGUCCGAACACGGAUUCUGGGGAAAUUUGCGUAAGAGAUUUAUCCCGUGAGGCUACAGAUGGCCCCGAUGCACAGUCUCGGGCAGCUACACGUACCCAGAAAUGUGAGCUAGAAACAACAAUGGAGAAAGUGCCGGUCCUUUUUUCUAAACAGGAGCUUUUCUUUCACCAUACGUCGGAUAUGCGGACAUGGACUGAGUUACGGGACUGUACUCUUUAUUACCUUUAUCUCUCCCACGAUUCCUUCUUUCGACGCAAUCAACUUCAGUUUAAGAGAAAUUUCGAUCAUUUAGCGAGAUUGACAACUAUGUGGCAGCUUGCUUGCAGAUUACUGCGAAAUGAGGUGACAAAAAAGAAUAUGCAUAAGGAAAUAAGAAAACUUGUGAAGGGGCUGACAAAGUCACUUUCCAAGAUUUCCCUCGCAUCUACUAUUUAUGUUUCAACUGACUGUAGACAGCCAGGUACUUCUUCCGCAGAAAGGCGUUCUACAGCGGCGGAUGAUAUUUCUUUCAUAAGAGACAUGAAAGCGAGUGUUACCAGUCGCAGUACCACCUUAAAUGAGGUUGACCUCAGUCCGACCAUCGAUAAUUCUGAGAGGGAUCCUCCAACUGAAUCAUCAGUUAGGAAUGAAGACAUGAUCCCUGAUAUUCCAGAGUCAACAAUAGAGAUUGAUCAGGGAGGGGCGACCACAGUUCUGCCCGCUAUUCCAAGUAGAUUGAUCAACAGAACGGAGCCCGAGAGAGGUAGCGCAGCUUUAUCGCCAACUGUCAAGACAGGAGCUACAUAUGACAAAAGUCCAAAUUUCCUUGAUGAAACGUCGAUUUUAUCUAUUGAGAUGUUAUUUCACGUUAUUGACCAUGAAGUUGAUCAAUACAAGGGUAAGAUAGCCAAGCUAUAUCAUCUUCUCAAAAGCGAGCUAUUGACAGAAGAUGUGAUCCCACAACUCUAUCCUCGGAUGCUUAAAAACUCAUUCGAUGGCGGGGCAUGGACGAACCCCUUUCACCCGCAGAUGUUUCCAUUAUCUUCGUCUGGUGAUAUUAAUUUCACUUCGAACUCUGGAAGCCUUUCGGUAGGGAAGGCUGGCUCGUCUGGUACUGAAAGUGCAAGGCUGGACGCUAGGAAUUUUAGUAACACCAGUUCAAAAACCGUCACAUCCAUCUUUAAUCGGAACAAGAGUAGAACUUUCUCUAGAAGCAAAUUGAGCAAAAAAACAAGAUAUCCACUGAAUGAAGAUACUUUGCGGUUAAUCAAGGGCAAAGUAACUCAUUUAACUGAUAAGUUGGAGGAAUAUGAUUCUUAUGUGUUAAACUUGGCCAAAUCCAAACAUCGAGAUCUAGAAAUGGCUGCUUCAACCUAUGAGAUUAUCGCCAUAAUUUCCCAAUUGAUUGAUAUGUUGGAAUCUUUGGACUUGACAUUUUUUGUUAACUUGAGAAACUUGCCAACGUUAGAAACGGCGGCAAAUCUAGAUAAGGAAAGUAUGGAACUACGCGAUCAUUGUGUAGCGACAGUUACUGUUCUUAUGAUGGAGUUUUUUGAAGUUAAACAGGCUCUGCAUGACAUCGCCAUAGGCGUCAUUAUCGAAGUUCAAGGCCUCACACUCAGGGAUCCUUUUGUCUUUUCUCCUAUGAGGGACGAUUUGGGUGAAGCUGGAGAAUACGAUUUCAAGAAACAUUCUUUUAUUAAACAAGAUAGGUUCGCGGCGGCGCUUGCAAGGUCUCUAGUUCAGCAGGACGUGGAAUGUAACAACGUAAACUUCCCCGUCAGUGAUCCUGUCUCAAUGGAGGCAGCUAGUAAAUUGGUGCAGAUGGUGGAAACCGGGUAUCAACUGACUGAGCAGCUAGUAAGUGAACGGGAAAACAUAUUGAAUUAUGCCGCCAGAUUGAUGAAAAAUGAUCUCAUUGCUGAGUUGAUGAAAGGAGAACACGACAGAUGGUUUGAAGAAGACGAUACGAAUCGCUCUGUUGGAGUUGAGGGGGGUAUUGCUGAUUCUCACGAUAUACAAAAGAAGAAAAUUGACCUACCUUGGUAUCUUGAUUCACAAUAUGAAUCGCAGUUGGUCUACGAUGCAAAUGGUAACAUAAGGGGGGGGACUAAAGAGGCGCUUAUUGAGCAUCUGACUAGCCAUCUAGUCAUCGAUGCUUCCUUUAAUGUCACGAUGUUGAUAACAUUUAAAAGCAUGUUCACAACUACAGAACUUCUCAGCGCACUGAUCCUUCGUUACAAUCUUUAUCCUCCCGAAGGAUUAAGUUAUGAAGAAUAUAACGAAUGGGUUCAAAAGAAGCACUUACCCAUAAAGGCGAACGUAAUAAACAUUAUGAAGCUUUGGUUUUCACAAUAUUGGUCGCCGGCAUAUUACGACCCUUGCUUGGAAGAGCUUGUAGCAUUUGCACAGCUAGCUAGUGCUGAGAAGAUUCCGGAUUCUGACCCGUUGAUUGAUCUUAUUAAGAAGGUUGUAGCCCAGAAAAACGACAUGCAGGGCUUUAUUCCCAGGCGCAUCCCAUUUAUGGUGGAGAAUUCUGUGUUCUUUCAGGCUGGUUCCUCGAGCUACGUACCUUCGCCGCCACUUCCUCCAAACCACAGCCUAACAACUAACGCCUCCUCUGCAUCCCUAGGGACCAGUUUUAGGCUGAAGAAGCUAAAGCAGGUAGAUAUCGAGGCCAGUGUUUUCGCAAAGCAGUUGACAAUCAAGGAGAAUCUGCUCUAUUGCAAGAUUCACCUCUUUGAGUGUUUGGACCGCACAUGGAAGACGAGGUAUUGCGACUUCGGAGGGUCGCCAAACAUAUCUAACUUCAUCCAGAAUUCCAACCACCUAACGAACUAUGUCUCCUAUAUGAUCGUGAAACAGACAGACUUAAAGCGCCGGGUGCAGAUCGUCCAAUAUUUCAUCGACGUAGCAGAAACUUGCAGAGCGCUAAACAACUUUUCCUCUAUGACCGCAAUCACGUCUGCCAUGUUGUCCUCAUCUAUCUACCGGCUCAAGCGUACGUGGGCCAUGGUCCACGACAACUACAAGGAGUCGCUAGACAGGAUGAACGCCCUCAUGGACUCAGCGAAGAACUUUAGAAAGUACCGUGAGCUACUCGAGUCUCUGGGCGACUGCCCAUGCGUCCCCUUUUUCGGGGUGUAUCUGUCCGACCUGACGUUCACUGCUGGCGGUAAUCCGGACUAUCUGAAAGGCACCACGGGAGUUAUUAAUUUCGCGAAACGGGCACGAAUCGUCAAUGUCCUGAAGGAAAUCGAUUCCUACCAGCGUAUCAGCUACCGUCUCAAGCGCAUUGCCGAAAUCCAGGAGUUUAUCGACGAGCGUCUGCUUAACGUCCCGAACAUCGAAAAACAGUAUGAGCUUUCCCUUCGGAUCGAACCGCGCCAGGAGGUUUCAACUGGUUUGAACGCCGACGCCAGCUAUGCGAAGCACGGCUCCGCCGCCAUGAAGGGCAAAAAGCUGGGCUUUGUGAAUCGCAUUAAACGAAGCCACGGGUCAGCCUCUUGA